GAUACAAAGGACAAUGCACAGUGUAUACCCUGAUGUCAUUUUGUGUGCUGUGACAUGGUUUUUGCCAUGGCGUCUGAGACUGAAAAGGCCCAUGCUCUUCUCCAAACUUUCAGCACAGCUUCAGUUGUUUCUAGUCUAGGUUUGGGAAUAUUCUGCUUUGUAGCAGACAGACUUCUGCAGUUUUCCUUCGUUCAGCAAAAUGACUGGCUCCGAGCCUUCUCUGAUAAUGCAGUGCAUGGUGUACUAGGAAUGUGGUCCUGGGCAAUAGUGAUUGGACUCAGGAAGAAAAGUGACUUUACUGAGGUCGCUCUGGCUGGCUUCCUUGCCUCUGUCAUUGAUGUGGACCACUUCUUUCUUGCUGGCUCCCUGUCAUUGAAGUUGUCGUCUACAAAGAGGGCAUUUUCACAGAAUCACGGAGUGGUUGUAGUUGGAAGAGUCUUCUGGAGGUCAUCAUCUCCAUCCCCACUGCUGAAGCAGGCUCACGUGGAGCCGGUUGCUCAGCACCAUGUCCAGACAGCUUUUGAGUAUCUCCAAGGAUGCAGACUCCCCAACCUCUCAGGGCAGCCUGUUCCUGUGCACAGUCACCAUCACAGAGAAAACGUGUUUCCUUACAUUCAGGAGGAACCUCCUGUGUUUCAGUCUGUGCCUGUUGCCUCUUGCCCUGUCAGUGGGCACCGCUGGAAAUAG